AUGCCGCGCCGGAGGCCGUCAUCGCUGCCCCGCGCUAAAUGGCGUUUACGUCCCCGACCAUCCGGCUAUGCUGUCAAUAGGCCACCACCGCGACCACUCAUAGACGUCUGGUCCGGGGUGGUCAGCUGGAUUUUUCGAUGCAACGUCUCCGGGUUGCGAGCUGAUUUCAGAGCCUGCAAAAGCGUGGUCGACAAGAGCGAGACGCAGGCGUUUCUGCUGAAUAUGGGGAAGAAUCGGUACAAAGAUGUGCCAUGUCUUGACGAGACGCGUGUCGUCCUCGAAGACGGCGGCAACGACUACAUCCACGCCAACUACUUUGCCACGCCGGGCGGCGACAACCGCUUCAUCUGCUGCCAGGCGCCGCUGAAGGAGACAGUCGUUGAUCAUUGGAGGAUGAUCGUGCAAGAGAAGGUGUACUCCAUCGUGAUGCUGUGCGACUACAUGGUGGACGGGAAAGAAAAGUGCUCCGAAUACAUCCCGACCACCGACAAACCGGAGAUGACCUUUGGCCCCUUUACCAUCAAACUCAUCAAGACGGCGAAGUUCAAAUGGAAACGCCAGUUCAAAGCCAUCGUCAAUACCUCGACGUUGGAGGUAUUCAAGGAUGGCAAGAGCGUGCAAGAAGUCAUCCACUACCACUGGAUCAAUCUGCCCGAGCGCGGGCUGCCCCCUGUCGAACUGGCCGCCUACGAGCUGCUCAUGGCCGCUGGCAGUGGCCCGAUCAUGGUCCACGAUUCUUCUGGCGUUGGUUGGGCGGGUGUGUUCGUGUUUUUCGCGUACGCCGUAGAUGUGGAGGAUCUGGAGAAACGCAACGAUCUCCCACGUUCUCUUCCCGCCUUAUGGAGUUUGGCGGCGGUUCGUAAGGAACGGACAGAAUUGAUCGAAACGGAGGCACAGUACGUCUACGUGCACAUGCUGCUCCUUCAACAUCUCAAGCGGGGCAAGCACCUAUCCUCCAGUGCCGUAGAAAUACUGGAGGGCGAUUUCGCGUACGAGUACGAUCUGUUUGCGAGGGAACUGCUGCGGGGCGCGCCGGACUGGAGA